AUGUGGCUGGUGCUUCUGACAUAUCAACUUGCUACUCUACUUAUCGCCCAGGGUCAAAAUGCCUGCAAUGGACACUCUACAUUUAGAAGUCCAGCUAACUCAGACAUGGAGGUCCUCUGUGGCUCUCAGACGGUGGACCUCCAGAUCCUCCUGUGUCCCGUCUAUUUCAACGGAUACAACGAGUCUCUGCUGUCCCUCAACUCAGAGCACUCUAAACACCAGUGUAAAGGGAAUGCUGACUGGACUGCAGACCCUCCUGUGGUCAAAUUCAACUUCUCCAUCACAGAGGAGAGCAUCACAGCCUGCUCCAGCAAGCUCACAGUCACUCAGGAGGCGGGAACUGGAGUUUUUGCCGACUUCUCCAACGUCCAGUACAUCAAUAUCUCUGGUAUGGUGUGCUCUGAGGACCCCAGCACAGGGGCCAUCACCUACCACCAGGAGGUGAUGUACCAGUUCUCCUGCCGCUACCCGCUGCAGUACCUGGUCAACAACACUCAGAUGAGCGUGUCUGCAGUCAACCUGGCAGUCAAAGACAAUAAUGGGAGUUUCAUCAGCACACUGAGCAUGCAACUGUACUCGGAUGAAAAGUACUCCAGGACACUGCAGGUCCCUCAAGGAGGCCUGGAGCUGAAGACCAGGAUCUUUGUGGAAGUGAAGGCAUCAAACCUCACUAACAGAUUUAACGUGCUCCUGGACCGAUGUUAUGCCACAGCCUCACCUUUCCCUGUCAACACCACAUUUCACGAUCUCUUUGUUGGCUGUAACCAGGAUACCCAGACAGUGAUGGGAAUCAACGGGGCGCAGCAGGAAGCACGUUUCUCCUUCGAGGCUUUCCGCUUCACUCAAAGCGAGGCAAUCUUCUCCACCUACUAUGUCCACUGUGCCACCAGACUGUGUGUGAACAACAUCUGCCCAAGCCUCAAGAACUGCUCAUCCAGCACCAACUCAAGGAGACGCCGGGGUGCCAGCAACAACCAGGGUACCACUGUGAGCGACAUGGCCACCAUCAGCUCAGGCCCCAUCACCAUCCGCACGGACCAAGGGAAUCUGGUGGCUCCUGGAGGUGCUCAGCAGGCUCACCUGAACAGUACGAUGGUGGCUGUUUCUGUGGUUGCGGGCAUUGUUGGAGCCAUCUGUCUUACAUUGGUGGCUUUCAUUGGAUACCAAAUGUACAACUCCAACUUCAGUUUCAACAAGAGCAUCCUGCAAGGGUGAAAAAAGCUGGGGGAAAAACUUAAGAAAUAUAAUGUAAUGAUUACUCACUCAUAAGUA